AUGUUUGGCCGCAUUAUCAACCCCCUUCUGAUCUCCCUGGUCCCCCUAGCCCAGCUGCAACCAGCCAAAGCAGCCGGUGAUUCAUGGCCAAUCAGCGACUCUGGCUAUACAGAUGUCGUGCAAUGGGACCAUUACAGCUUCAUCAUCAAUGGCGAGAGAAAGUACCUUUUUGGAGGCGAAAUGCAUCCCUUUCGCACGCCGGUUCCGGAAAUGUGGCAAGACAUAGCCCAAAAGUUCAAAGCCAGCGGCAUGAACACAUUCUCCUUCUAUAACAUGUGGGGGAUGCACGAAUCCUUUCCUUCUCAGGUCGACUUUACUACCGCCUUUCGUGACUACCGGAGACUUCUUCAAUACGCCGAAGAUGCCGGCCUCUAUGUAAUGGCCAGGCCGGGACCCUACACCAAUGGGGAAUUGAAUGCUGGCGGCUAUCCGAUAUGGGUGACCACGGGAGACUAUGGGUCGCUGCGCACAAACGACACACGCUAUACGGCCGCGUGGCAAGACUACAUGACGGAGAUCACCGACAUCAUCCGCGACCACCAAAUUCACAAGAACGGGACCAUCAUCUCCAUCCAGGUCGACAACGAGUUUCCGUCCCAGUACAAGGACCGCACGGCCAAGACGCCGAAUGGGCCGGGCAUCGGGUACAUGGAGAACCUUGAAGCCUUGAUCAGGGAGCAGGGCGUCGAGGUGCCGACGACGGCCAAUGCACCGGGGCACUACCCUGAUUGGUCCAAGGACUACGACACGGUCGGAGCCGGAGGCGAUGUGGACGUCUGGGGACUGGACUCUUAUCCACUUUGUUGGUCGUGCAACCCAGACGACUGUAGCUCAGCCAAUGAUGACUUCACGCUUUUGAAAUACUAUGACUAUUUCCAAGAAGUAGCACCGAACCAGCCAGGUCUGAUGCCCGAGUUCCAAGGCGGGAGAGUCUUGCCGCUGGGCGCAGAAAGCUGUGAAGCCUCGGUUGGUCCCGACUUUCGCAACGUCUAUUAUCGACACAAUAUUGACCAGAAGAUGUCGGCACAAAUCAUGUACAUGUUUGCCGGGGGUACGAACUGGGGAUGGAUCGGUGUGCCCUUCAUCGGGUCCAGCUACGACUAUUCGGCGCCCAUUGCGGAAGAUCGUACCCUGCGUGACUCGUGGUACGAAGUCAAGAAUCUUGCCUUGUUCACCCGGGUUGCCCAGGAUCUCGCCAAGGUCGACAGGCUGAAUGGGACUGACGCCGUGAUUGAUAAUGACGCCAUUAGUGCCACCGAGCUUCGAAAUCCCGAUACCGACGCUGCAUUCUACGUCGUGCGACAUGCGACGUCGACGGAGGAUUCGGCCGAAUCAUUUCACAUGAAUGUCACCACAUCGAUCGGCAGCCUCGUGAUUCCUCAAGUGAUUAGUGCGCUUCCACUAUCUGGGCACAUUGCCAAGAUUGUCGUCACCGACUUCACGUUUGCAGAUCAGCAGCUCAUUUAUUCCACGGCCGAAGUAUUCAGCUAUGUGGUCAUUGACAACGCCCCGGUCUUGAUCCUUUGGGUACCAGCUGGGGAAAGCGGAGAGUUCUUGCUGAAAGAUGCCGAAGGCGGCGAGAUUCUCAAUUGUGAUGGAUGCUCCGAUGUGUCCUUCAAUCAGACUGUGGAUGGAGUGAUCACGGCCUUUACGCAGGGUGAGGGGUCUAGUCUCUUAAAAGUUGGAGAUGUGCGUGUUUUGCUGCUCGAUCGAGUUGCGGCUUGGCAUACUUUCCUUCCGGUUCUGACCAAGGACCCUUCAGCUCCGGUGAAUCAAACCAUCGUCGUUCAAGGACCUCAUCUUGUCCGUGAAGCUGGUAUUGAUGAUACCAAUGGUCUUCAUGUACACGGAGAUACCAACGCAACGACCGAGGUCGAGAUCUUCGCCACCAGCUCGGUGAAUAGAUUGUGGUGGAAUGGAAAAUCGACUUCCUUCACCAAAUCGAGCUAUGGGUCCUUGAUAGCCACAAUCAACGGUCCUGACAGUUACGAGUUGCCUCCACUAAUCGAUUGGAAGACUCAUGAUACGCUUCCAGAGCGCUUUGUGAACUACUCGGCAACCAGCGACGCCUGGGUCUCUGCCGACAAGGGUCUCUAUGUCGAUUUGUACGGUCCUCAUCACGGCUUUAGUCUGUGGCGCGGCACCUUUAACGGCUCAGCAACAGGCGGUGUCUUUGAGGUCCAAGGCGGCCGAGGCUUUGCAUUCUCGGCGUACCUGAACGGCCAGCAAGUCGGCUCUUAUGCCGGAGACGCAGGAGACGCCAGCUCGACCCUGUCGGUUUCUUUUGAAAAUGCUACAAUUGACAGCGAUGGCGAGAAUAUCAUUCUGCUCGUGCAAGACAAUACUGGCCACGAUGAGACGAGCGGCGCGACAAAGCCGCGCGGUAUUCUGAGUGCCGCUCUGAACGAUACCAGUGAAGCCAUUCAAUGGAAGCUGGCAGGCACUGUUGGAGCCCCGAUGAACAAGACUGUCGACACGGUCCGUGGCCCUUACAAUGAAGGAGGACUGGUAGCUGAGCGUCUGGGAUGGCACCUCCCAGGCUUUGAUGAUGCGACAUGGUCAGUCGGGAGUCCGUCUGCUGGUGUCCAAGAGGCUACCAUUCAAUUUUACCGUACACUGGUUGAUCUGGAUAUUCCCGAAGGACACGAUGCCUCGAUUGUGUUCACCAUCGCAACGAAUAACCCAACGGAAAGAGUGAGGGCGCUUCUUUACGUCAACGGGUACCAAUACGGCCGCUAUAUGCCAUAUGUUGGCAGCACCUCAAGUUUCCCAGUACCUCCCGGAAUCCUAGAUUAUAGCGGCAAAAACACAAUAGCCAUCGCACUGUGGUCACAAGACGACGAGGGUGCGUCUUUGGAUGUUACCUGGGAGAUAACCAGCUUAACCCGAUCUUCUUUGAACUCCAGAUUUGAUGGGUCGUACCUUCGCCCAGGCUGGUCCGAGGAUCGCAACGUCUAUUACUAA